GACACUAGUGUGACGACUACGGAAGUAAUCCACUAACACCAUGGAGCGCUUCUAAAAACCAAAACAAUAGCAUUUAUGUCGUUUUAAAUCGGCCACAAAUCGGACAUUGUUGAAUAUAAAUCGGACAUUGUUGAAUAUAUCUCAUAUACCGUGUACGGUCAGCUUUUCUGUGAUCGCGGGGUGGCUGCGAGGUGAUUUCGACGAUAUUAAACAAUUUCUAGACUGAAAUGGAGGACCCUGGUGGCACAGUAGCUGAAUCUGUGGCUUCACCGCCAGCUGGUGCACCCAAGUCAAAGCUGGACACAUUGUCCAAAGAUGAUCUUAUUAAAUUUACAAAGAAGCAGAUGGCUGUUUUCCAAAAGAUGAAGAACAGAUGUGCAGAUUUAGAGAAAGAAGUUGAAGCCCUUAAAGAACAUUUCAAAAACAUUACCAACAUUUCAGAUGACUCCACAUUAAUACAGGAGUUGACUCGGCGGAUGGAUGCAUUAUUACUGGAGAAAGCAGAAACCCAGCAAAGCCUUGCAUUGUCUCGUAAAGAACUGGAGCGCACCAAGCAUCUUGCAGAGGAUGAUAUCACAGAACUAAGACGUGUUAUAGAAGACAACAAAAGGACGAUUGACGUUCUAAACGCCAACAUUGAGGAAUCCCACAGUAAACACGAAGAAGAAAUUGCACAUUUUCAGAAAUUACUGAAAGAGCGAGUGGACAGUAAUAGGGAGAUAGACAGUGAAAGAGCGAAACCGAACCUCACUGAGGAAAGCAGUGGGAAAUGCCACCCAGAAGAGGACAAAUGCUCCCUGGAAGUUCAUCUUAAAACUCUACAAGCUGAAUUAGAAGCAAUCCAAGAGAGAAACCACAAAGAGAUUGCUGAGUUGCAAGACAGUCACCAGACCGAGCUGACUGAAGCCCAGCAAGAGAUAGAGAACCUAAAAGAGGAGUUAACUCAGAGAAGUAUUCAGCAUGAGGAGGAGUUGAGGGCUUUGGAGGAGGACUGUGAGAUUGAGAGGGAGCGUCUUCUGUUGCUCCAGGAAGAGCUGACUGAGCAGCUGGCCCUCAAAGAUAGCUACCUCCAGGAUGUCCAGGAAGAAGAUGAAGAACCUGGUCGCAGUUCAGGGGUCGCCAAGAUGCUGGCGCUGUCUGCAUGCAGUCAGGCUGACUCCAGCCAUGUUGAUGGCGAGGUGACACAAGAUGGAAAACUGAAAGCAGCCCUGGAAGACCUUAGUGCUCAAAACACCAUGUUACAAGAUGAGCUCACUCUGCUCAGUAAUGUGAAGAGCGAGCUGGAGGCAGAACUGGAGAGAAUCAAGGAUGAGUUCCAGAUGGAGAAAGAGGAGAUGGACUUCAAAAUCAAUGAGCUGCAGAUGAUUCGGGAGAGUGACCCAACAACAACAAGCCGAAAUGUCAUGACUGUUGAGUCUGAAACAAAUGCGUCAUGUGACUCUAAGGAGCCACUCCAAGACCAAAAUUCAGCGGAACAAGAUACGCAAGCGAAGCUCAGGUCCCACUGUGAGGCUUUGACGCAAGAGAGGGACUCCGCUCUCGCUGACUUCUACCACAUAAAGGGGAUACUGCAAAACCUGGAAUCAGAACUAGGUCAGAAAACAAACGAUUUUGUUCUCCAGUACAAAGCCAUGAAGGACCAAGGGCCAAACGCUGUUAAAAACCACCAAGACAAGACAGAGCAACUCCGCCAAGAGAAUGAAGAAUUGUCAGCAAAAGUCAGAGAGAUUACAGAGAAGAGAAAUCUUCUAAUGGAGACUGUGGAUGACCUAAAGAUCAAACUUGAGAGUCACUCUGCUGACGAGCAGAAACUCCAGUCCGCUGCAGAGAAACAAACAGCCUUAGCACAGGAGCUCAAUCAGUCUGUGGAAAAGCUAACCAGGCAGAAUGAAGAGAUCCUCUCCCAACUGCAAAUAAAAGAAAACAUGACUGAAGACCUGAAUGAGAUGGUGAAUACACUGACUGAGGAUCGAGACAGAACGCAAGCCCUGCUUCAGCUUCAAGAGGAGGAGAUACAGAACCUAAAAAGUGAAAAUGCUAAAGACACUGAGGGCCUGCUCGAGGAGAAGCAAGCAGCACAACUACUGAAGGAAGAGACUGAAAGGGAGUUGAAAAUGUUGAAAAUGGAGAAAGAGAGUGAAAUUCAGGUUUUAAAGGAGGAGAGGGAUGAGAUGGAGGCAAGCCUGAAAGAAGAAGUUAGCAGAUUGAGGGAGGCUAUAUCCUCUUCAGAGAUGACUAUUAAAGACAUCUCCUCAGAAAAUGCUUGCCUCCAUAAAAAACUAGAAGGGACUUUAACUACACUUUCCGAAACCCAGAAAGAGCAAGAACUUUUGAAUUCCAAGUUGGCCACCGUGGAAGCUCAACUGGAGCAACAGUCUUCCCAAAAAAGUGAUCUUGAAGCAGCAGUGAAUUCUCUGACAGAAGAAGUAGCACUCGCUCACAAUAUUGGGAGAGAACUUGAAGCUCAGUGUGAAACACUUAAAAACACAAAGACAGAAGAAAUGGCAGAACUCCAAAUACGCGUAGAAGAGCUGGAAAAAGAGAGAACCCUGUUGAGGAGCAGUCUUGAAGAGGCUCGAGGAGAAAGACAUUCAGAGGCGAUGCCAAACGAGCUGCAGGCUUUGCAGCUGGAGAAUCACAUGCUGAGAGCCAACCUGGAGGAGACGAUGAAGGAUACAGCAGGUCUGCUGAAAGACCUGAAUGAUAUGAAGUCACUCAAUGAGAAGAUGUGUGCUGAGAAUCAGAUGUUACAAGAACAAAUCAAUCUGAUGUCCCAAGAGAAGGAAGAAAAGGCACAAGCCAACAUUGACGCUCUGGAGAGAGAACGUGCAGAAUUCAAAGAACGGUUGAUGGACAAGGACUCACAAAUAUCACAGUUAAGGGCUGAGAUGGCUGCGCUGCAGAAUUCUGCGGCAGAGUCUGCUUCCGAAGAAAAAAAAUCCAUGGAAAUUACACAGAAAAUAGAUGAAUUGGAGAAGGACAACAAAGAGAAGGAUGCGAUGAUUAACAAAAUCAAGGCAGUGGCUGUCAAAGCAAAAAAAGAGCUGGACGCCACUAAAAAAGAGGUUGCAACCUUCAAGGAAGAAAUAGCAUCUCUAAAAGUAGAGCGAGAGAAAUUGAACAUCUCAAUGAAGGACAUCAUCCAUAGUGCUGAAGGCUACAAGAACCUGCAGAUCGAUUACGACAAACAGACGGCGCAACUGGAUAAAGAGAAAGAGAAUGUGCAGGCAGCAGAGCGACAGAUCGCUGACCUGACCAAGCACCUCACCAGUGCUGUCAGACAGGUCGACUUGAUCAGCAGUGAGAAGGAGGACCUUGUGGCUGCUUUGGAAACCUCCAGGAGCAUGGUGAAGCAGAUAGAAGCUCAGAUCCAAGAUCUGCAAAAGCAUUCAGACAGGCUAGACAGAGACCUCGUGGCCGAGAAGGCAAUGAAAGAACAAAAGAUCAAGGAGCUGUCAAGUGCCAAGAAGGAUGUGGAUGAGCUUAAAGCCCAGCUCAGCAAGCAGCAACAGCAGUCGCAGCACACUGCCCAGGAGCUGGAACAGCUACGCAAGGAGGCACAGCAGAACUCACUCUUAGACAUGGAGAUGGCCGACUAUGAACGUCUGGUCAAAGAACUCAACGCCAAGCUUUCUGAAAAAGAUGAAUGUUCUGAGGUGUUAAAGGCUCAAAUAACCAAAUUGACUGAGAAGGAGGAGACGCUCAGACAAGAAACUGAAACUUUGAAAUCCCAGUUGAACCAAGAGGAAGAGAAAACGUCCAAUAUCAAACAGCUGCUGGUCAAAUCUAAAAAAGAGCUGGCUGAUGCCAAGAAGCAGGAAAACUCCCUCGCACUGUUGCAGGCCUCGUUAAGAGGAGAGCUAGAGGCUAACCAGCAACAGUUAGAAAGCACCAAAAUCGAGGUGUGUGACUUGACCACUGAGCGGCAUCAUCUGCAGGACCAGCUCAGGUCUGCACUGGAGCAACAGCAAAGGACCAGAAGCUCUCUGCAGCAAAGGCUUGACAGCCUGCAACAGGAGAGAGAUAUUGCUAAGGCUGAACUUGUGGCAACCGCUGAGGAGUUUGAGAGUUAUAAGGUUCGAGUGCACAAUGUGCUAAAACAGCAAAAGAGCAAGCUCAGUGGGCAGGGUGAAAGCGACGGCAGCAGGCUUGAAAGAGAGCAGUUGUUGACUCAGGUGGACCAGCUGAAGUCCAGACUGGGAGAAAGCCAGCAGAAUCUCCAAAGCAGCACUGCAGAGCUGCAGCAGCUCCAGACUGAACAUGACACACUGUUAGAGCGACACAACAAAAUCCUGCAGGAAAAUGUUAGCAAAGAGGCCGACCUCCGAGAGAGACUGAUGUCGCUGCAGUCUGAAAACGGGGACCUGCGGUCAGAGUUGGCGCAGGCUCAAGCUGACUCAUCUUACCAAAUAGAGACCCAGCGACAGACGCACAGGGAGCAGUUGAGGAAGCUGCAGGAUGACCAUCGUGCCACAGUUGAGACGCUGCAGGGUCAGCUGACUCGUGUUGAGGAGCAGCUCUACAACUUGCAGAGUCAGAACAGCUCUGUGUUGGUCCAGUCCAGCCGGAAGUCCCUUGAUACUCAGCGCAGAACUACAGACCAAAAUCAGGCAGGGUUGGGACAAGUGACCCCAAUUGACCUCCAGUCUAUGGCCAGGGAGGAGUGUGAAGGUAUGGAAACCACAGAGAAUGAAAGCACCUCCCCUUCAUCAGUACUCUCUCUGGAGCACCUUCUUAUGUCACCGGACCCCAAGCAAGAGCCCUUCGUGUGGACUGUAGAGCCCACUAAAGAUGAGCUUAUUCACAAGCUGAGCACAGCCACACGCAGUCUGGAGCACAUGAACAGCCUCCUGCAUGAAACGGAGGCUACCAAUGCUAUACUGAUGGAGCAGAUCAAUCUGUUGAAGAGUGAAGUACGUCGGUUGGAGCGUAACCAGGAACGGGAGAAGAGCGUGGCAAACCUGGAGUAUCUAAAAAACGUUUUGCUGCAGUUCAUCUUCCUGCGAUCAGGCAGCGAGAGGCAGGCACUGCUUCCUGUCAUUCACACCAUGUUGCAGCUCAACCCAGAUGAGAAAAGCAAACUGGCUGCCAUUGCACAAGGCGAGGAGGAGGCGUCAGGAACUCGGGGCACAGGCUGGGGAUCUUAUCUCCACAGCUGGUCUGGGAUCAGAUAGACCAGCUCAGCACCAGCCAACAGCAGAGGUCUGGAUACAUGAACAUAUGACUUGAAGUCCAAUAAUUUGAAGGGCAAAAUAGAGGUGACCAAUGAAUGUAUAUUGACAAAUAUUUUACAGCUCAUGAAAACGAAAUUUGAUCCCCCCAGUCAGACUUGAUAGAAGAAUAAGUUGCAAGUUGAUAGAUACAAUAUAUUCCUCUUGCAGUGACAUUAAUAAUGGCAAAAUACUGUAUGUACAGCAUUCAUUAUUCAUAACGCAGCUAAGGUCUCUUCCAGGAGGUGGAGCUCAUGAGGCAUUAUACAAACUGAAUCUGUCUGGAGAGGACUUAAUUUAUUGUGUAGCCCUUUGCUUGAGAUUUGGUUGUUUAGUUAUUUUCAGGACUCUGGUUCUGCCAUCAAUAUUGUUAAUGGUCCAAUUCAUUCUUCUGUGUGCACUCUUUACUCCCAUUAUGAGUUGCUUAAUUUGGGCUACUCCAUUGUAUGUUAUUUAAAUGUAUUCCAAAUUUGAUAAAAACCAUUUGCUAGAUUAAAAUAUGAUGUUUGUCAUGAGUCCAGUUAAAGGUGUCUUAUAUAUUUUGUCUUCCACUUAACCUCUCUUUCAUUCCAUUUAUAUAACGUCAAAAGCGUUCUGCAUUUAGUGUUUAAGUGUUCUUGAUGAAGAAUGAGGGAAUGGUUUUGAGUCUUUAUGUAGUAAUAAAAUCAACUAGGAAUGAACUGGUUUUGUUUUCACAGGCUCCCCUGACCAAUAUGGCCGACAGAAAUUAUUUGUUUGCUGAUGAGUGAUUUUGAAGGUGUUACUUUGGCCUUGAACUCUGAAAAAGAGCAUCUGUAAAUUUCACCCAUUAAGAUGUGAUUCAUUGUUUCAUGUUUUUUCCCUAUUGUGGAGUGAUUUGACCUCUUAUUUAUUUUUGCUGUUGUGCUUUAUUGUAUUAAUCUUCAUUUGUAACUUCAUCAUGAUCAGAGUUUAGACAUAAUGUGAUUAUUGGAAUCGCUUUACUUUCUCAUCUCAUUGGCAGCUGAUUGUGAGUCCUUUCGCAUCAAUGAUUGUGAAUUUUUAAUCAGGGUUUCUGUUGUUGAUAUGGGUAGCAUCAUCUGGAAUUGGCCAAUUCAAGCAAUUAAAAAUGAGGGUCUGUAUAGAAGUGAUUCAGCAUGGCAUGCUAAUCAUCUCAGUGUAAAUUAUACUUGCCUCUGUGCUUUGACUAGCAAUAUCACAAAAAUUAAGUUCUGUACACAGAUACAAUAAACAUUCAACGUUGAGCUUCCA